AAAAAAGAGUAUGGACUUGAUGAUUAAUAUACUCUAUGUGUUUUAUAGUUUUUCCCAUUUUUCUCAAUUUCAUGAAAUAAUCACCAAAUUCAAGGUUGGAGUUGUAGUGAUGGAAGCAAUUGCCUAUGAGGAAAAAAGAAGAGAAAAAAUGUUAAAGAAGAAGGAAAAUAAGAAUGAAAAUAAGAAAGUUGGAGGUAUGAUAACCAAACAAGAGAAUCUUCUUUAUGUUUGCUUUAGAAUUUUAUUGAAUUUAGCAGAGAACAUUGACAUAGAAUCCAAAAUGAAGAAGAGAGGAUUGAUUCCAAACUUGGUCAAUGCUCUAGAUAGUGAAAACCCUGAACUGCUUUGUGUUCUAGUAACAUUUUUGAGGAAACUUAGUAUAUUCCAAGAAAACAGAAGGGAAAUGUUGGACGCUGGACUUAUGUUUAAAUUUGAAGAUAUUUUCCAAUAUGACAACAUUAUUUUGUUGAAUGAAAGUAUGAGAUUGAUUGUCAAUGUUACCUUCGAUCCUCAAUUAAGAAAGGAUGUCAUUCCUUUGGUUCCUAAAUUCAUAGAGUUACUUCGGUUCCCAGACCACUUUGAAUACUGUGUAAAGCUGUUGUAUCAAUUGAGUCAAGAUGAAGAAUUUUCAAAAUUGAGAAUUUCCUCUGAUACUCUCCCAUUUAUUCUUUUGGAAUUUGUUGCAGAAUAUCCUGGUACAAGAGUCAGCAAGGAAUUAAUUGCCUUAGCCAUCAAUGUUACACUUCAAGAACAAUUGGCUGUUAAAAUGUGUUUGCACAAUAAUGGUCUUACAAGAUUAUUGGAGAGAUUGGUGAGGACAAGAGAUCCUUUCUUAGCCAAGAUGAUUAGAAAUAUUUCUCAGCAUACUCAACUGGCUAUUCAAUUCAAGCCAUUUGUAAAUGACAUCCUAGGUAUUUGUUCUAAGGCGGAAAAUGAUGAAUUGGUUGUAGAAUUACUGGGUAUGUUGGGAAAUAUGAGUAACUCGAAUGUUAUUUCAUUUUCUCAGCUAUUCAAACAAUUUGAUUUGGUUGCUUUCUUAUUCAAUUUCUUGAAAAAGGGGGUAAAAACAAGAAGCAGCCUUGUUAACUCGUUAACCAAUGUGGAAGGCGACAAAGAUGAUGAUAUUCUGUUAGAAUCAAUUAUUCUUCUUGGUAAUGCAAUUUCUGAUGAUGAAUCAGCAGCUUUAGUAGCCAAUUCUCCAAUGAUAAUUACCUUAUGUAAUAUAUUUAUUGAAAAACAAGAAGAUGAUGAAAUAGUUUUACAAACCAUGUACACAUUCUACAAGAUGCUUUUAUUUGGACCAACAAGGGAAGGUUUAAUGAGUCAGCACCAUAUUAUCAAGGUUAUUAUAGAGUUAUAUCAAGACGAGAAUGAACAAAUUGCCUCAACAUCUGAUAUGAUGCUUGAUAUAAUUUGUGAAUGUGAUGGUCAGUGGACAGAUAUCAUUAAGAGGAAAAAAUAUUUCCUCUAUAAUGAAAAGUGGUUGACUGAAAUUGCUAAUCUACCAAUUCCGAGAGAUAUUUCCCAAGUUGAUGAAGGAGUGCCCGUUCAAGAAGAGAGUUCACAAUAUGAUAUGGCAAAUGUUAUCGACAUGUCAGAGGUUAGUGAGGAUAUGGAAAUAGGAACGUUUGCUUAAAGUAUCAUUGCAUCAUUUUGUAAAUUUUGAAUAGAUAAGUAAAAAAGCACUUUUCC